AUGACAAUCAUGGCAAAAGCACUGACGUACGUCGAGUUGUGCACGCGUUUGUCACGUUUUGUGCAGCUCGAACCGAAUGAUGCGCUUUAUAAAGAGCUACAGGAUGUAUUGGAAGAAUUGGUGAUGUUUUAUGACAAUAUGGACAGUGUAGACUUGUCUUCCUUAUUGGAUGAUUGUGGAAUUGACGUGCCAUUCGUGGGUCUCGCAGCAAUGGAUGAAUUGGUUUUAUUCUCAUUACACAAGCUCAUUGGCUCCUUUGUAUUGACUUCUUCUUCUUUCGCGCUUCAAGAGCGUUUAUUUGUAGUGUUGUCACGUGUUUUACACCGUUGCAAGCCUCGGAUGAUAGGGAAUAGCCCGGAACAAGUCCAGCGGCGUCUAAGCUUCGUGCAGAGCUGUGUGUUGUAUCUACCGCCACCACCUGAAGCUAAUGAUGCGCACAAUGAGAGUGCUGAGACUUUGACCAUUUCUGCUCAGCCGGAGGAACUGAGACUUGCUGUUUUGUUGUGUCUACGAGAGGUAUUGGAGGAACGGGAACAGGAAGUCGAGAAGCAGGCGGUACAGCUACAAGUAGAACACCAGCAUUUCUUUGCGUACGUUGUGGCUUCGUUGCUGAAUGUAGCGCAACGUGAUCGUUGUAGAGACGCUGCACUGCAAGCAAUUGAAGUGCUGAAGUGUGUGCUACUCUUCGUUCAGGACCCGCAGUCGCUUCGGCAAUACUUGCCUGGCAUCGUUGCUGGACUUUGGAAAAGUGCAAACGCACCGCAACAAGCAUCUAAGGUGAUUGUUGCAGCUUUGCAGGCUCUUGCAACAGCACUAGAUCUGUGCAUCAGUGACGAACAUUUGCCAGGAGGUGAGGAUGGAGGAAUGAAGCAAGAGCAGCCAAGAUUUACACUUGAAGCGAUUCGACAGUCUGCUGAAAGUAAUGUUAAUGAUAUGCAAGGAAUGGAAGACGCGCAAGACCCGGUCGGUGUACUAUCAAAUGACAAUCAAAAAUGGCUGGAGACAACAGCGAUGAAUCUUGAUCUCUUGCUUUCGCGAAUGUUUGCUGCUAGUGCCACGGCUAUUGCUGAUGGUACCAGUACAGGUCUACCACGAUCGUCUUGGCGAGUUCGCUGCGCGCUUGCACAGCUUUGUGACACAGUGAUGCUCCGGUGUCGACGAGCGCUCCGCGUAUCCUUUUUUCGGUGUUACGAUGAACUUUUGGUUCUUUGUAGUGACGCUAUUACAGAGGUUGCCGAAGAAGCAGAUACUGUUUUUGAAAAGCUACAGAUGUCAGCUCUUUCUUCGGAAGAGCAAUUGCGAUUGCUACCAGAGAUGGCAGAUCGCUUCCAAAUGCUGCUUUCUACCCUUGUGCUAAAGAUAGCUACGGAGCAUGAGGCAACUAAGGUGCAUCUUGUGCGCACACUUCGAGGAUAUGUAAAUUUUCUCGGACCCAGUAUCACUCCAUACCUUGACGCGUCUCUAGAUAGCAUUUACACGUCUCUUUGUCGGGUAGUGUCAUUUGCUGCCCUUGACAUUGAGUUGGUCGUUCAUCAGUUGUUGCCAAGUCCAGCCGAGCCCAAUGAGAACAGCGACAACAUCCGAGCAAGAGUCAUGAUCUCUCAAUUUCAGAAACGAUUGCGGUUUUUUAAUGAGGAAGCCUCAGUCCGCGAGGUGUUGGAGAUGCUGCGUGAGAUUGGUGCUGUCUUAACACCAGCGGGCUUUAUCGACUGUGCCUUCACGCUAUUAUCUGAGGCAAAUAUGGAGGUCAGAGAACCCGGUGGUGCUGAAGUUGUGCUGGUUCUAAACGAGUUUUUACGAGCUUACUGCCCGAGCAACGAAUGUAGAAAACGUGUGGUUCAUCAAUCAGUAGAUGUUCAUCUUGUUGGACGCAUUCUAGAAGAUUUGCUGGUGCUGGACUCAUGGAAUAAGCACAAUUCAUCAAGCAACCGCGGUUGUAGCAAAGCGUUUGUGUCCCAAUGUGCGCUUAUGGUGGAGUGCAUUGGUGUAUGUGCUGAAAUUCUUGGCGCAGAGUUCAAGCUGUUUCUGCUAUACAUCCUAUAUCCAUUAGUCGAACAAUUGGGGUCGCACAGCGUUGAAGUAGAGCGUGCGGCACUGGCUGCGCUGGAGAAGAUAUGUUUUUUCACAGGCUACAAGUGUCUUGAGGCUCUUUUUCAGGACAACAUGGAUUACUUUGUGGACGCCUUAUGUGCUCGGCUUGAGCAAUUGGACGCGUACCCAAUGACUGCAUCUGUCGUUGAGGCUUUGUUAAGGCACACUUCAUUGGCGUCGUUACCACUGGUGGAUGAGGUAGCAUCGUCCUUGCUUCGUAGUGUUGAUCUGUAUCAAGAUUCACCUCACGUUGACGGUUUACUGCGCGCGCUUAAAAGCCUACUUAGUAGCAUUGCACGCGACGCGCAAGAAGCUGAAUGUAAAAAGGUACACACACUUGGCGAUGACGAGCUCGAAAAAUCGAGACAUCCCCGCUCGCUCCUGAGUGAGUUUAUUCGUGAGAUGAAGGUGUUGGAAAAUGAUGGUAUCGAUGGCCUUGAGAUUGAAAUAGAGGGCGGUGAUAAAGAGACUUGCUCCGUUCCUGAACACUCUGAUCGUGCGAGUGUGAAAGGUGCUAUGCCUUUGGAGUACGAUGAAAUUCAACGUGAUAGCCCGGACAGUGGAGAAGGAAACGAGGAAGAGAAUACAGCAGCAUCGGCCUACCGCACUCUAGUCAUUGACAUCAUGGAACGGUGUGGUUAUUUUCUCGUAAACUCAGAUCCUAUUGCGUGCUGUUUGGUUUUGUCUUUGAUUGAUGAAGGUGUGAGGUUCCUUUCAAAACAUCCAAGACAAUUGCUACCUCUUGUCGCACGCAUGUGGCCCGAGAUUCUACCUCGAUUACGUGUAGAGAACCGUGCUAUCGUCACCAGCACCGUCCGUGUUAUUGCCACACUAGCAGAAACAGCAGGCGACUUUGUGGGAGACCGCUUUGUGGAGACUGUAUGGCCAAUACUUCGAUCUCAACUCCAACUCAUUCAUUUUGACGUGGAUGCUAAGUCACCGCAACUUACACGAUCCAUGCUUUUGCUCUCAAAACCUACGAUUGAUGAUUCCCAUGUCGAGGAUAUUCGGUCACCUAGUUCAGACGCUGAAAUUCAAAAGCGGACGGAUAAUGAACUCAGUGCUGUUAGUGGAGUACGGAAAACGCAAGAGGUUCACCAACUGCUGGCAAUUCUAUCGUGUCUGACCAUAGUGUGCCUACAAUCAGAGACGAUGACCAAACUCGUGCCUGAAAUAACCCGCACGUGCUGCAAGUAUCUAAGUCGUUCAGCGCCACGGGAGGUUGUACAACAAACUUCCGAACUUUUUGCAGCGCUGGCGCAAUUAAACGGUGACGAAGUGUUCUGCACUGUAGCAGCACUUGCUGACUGGAAUCCGCCUACGCCACCGAGUGCGCGUUUUCCUGGGUAUGCGCCAGAUGCAGUCCAACGCUUUUAUCGAGACCAUUUGGCAAAACUAAGUGGAUACGCACAGACUUGCCGAGACAAUGCUUGCGUCUUGAUAAAUCGGAUAUUCAGUUGA